CGGGGAGCUGUAGGCAAAGGCUGGCCGGCGCCGCCUCUUGACUAGUGCAGUCUGGAGCGAUCCGCCCGCGGAUCGGCUGCUCGGCUCGGUCGGCACGGCUUGGCCUGGACCCUGGACCCACUGGCGAGCUGAGAGGUGCGAGUGGGAAAUUCACAGCAAGCCCUGCACUGAGUGACCUGGGGCGAGUCGCGGACCCUCUCUGAGUUUUUAUACGAAGCACUGAACGAAGAAUUCCGGGAUCCGCACUAGCAGAAACCGGAGGGGCUUGGUGGGAAUAAAGACUCGGUGAUCUCCACUUCUGCUCCAGGAGCCGGAUUGCCUCUUGCAGCCUGCCAAGAUGGACGCAUGGACCGUGCUGCUGGGCCUGCAAGUCAUGUCCCUCCCGCUCCUGACUCACUGUGCAGUCCCGACACCCACCCUGAAAUUUGUAGCUGUGGGUGACUGGGGAGGGGUCCCCAAUGCCCCGUUCCACACAGCCCGGGAAAUGGCCAAUGCUAAAGAAAUCGCCAGAACCGUGCAGAUUAUGGGUGCUGACUUCAUCAUGUCCCUAGGGGACAACUUCUACUUCACUGGCGUGCACGAUGCCAACGACAAGAGGUUCCAGGAAACCUUUGAGGACGUGUUCUCUGACCGUGCCCUCCGCAAUAUUCCCUGGUACGUGCUAGCUGGAAACCAUGACCACCUUGGCAACGUCUCAGCACAAAUUGCCUACUCCAAGAUCUCCAAGCGCUGGAACUUCCCAAGCCUUUACUACCGUUUGCACUUCAAAAUUCCACGGACAAACGUAACUGUGGCCAUCUUCAUGCUGGACACAGUGAUGCUGUGUGGCAACUCUGAUGACUUCAGUAGUCAGCAGCCCACGAUGCCCCGCGACCUGGGAGUGGCCCGCAGUCAACUGUCCUGGCUCAAAAAACAGCUGGCAGCAGCCAAGGAGGACUACGUUUUGGUGGCUGGCCACUACCCCAUCUGGUCCAUUGCUGAACACGGACCCACCCGCUGCCUGGUCAAACACCUGCGGCCAUUGUUGGCCACAUACGGGGUCACCGCCUACCUGUGUGGACAUGACCACAACUUACAGUAUCUUCAGGAUGAAAACGGAGUGGGCUAUGUGCUGAGUGGGGCCGGCAACUUCAUGGACCCCUCUGUGCGACACCAACGCAAGGUCCCCAACAACUACCUGCGCUUUCACUAUGGAUCCGAGGACUCCCUGGGUGGCUUCACAUAUGUGGAAAUUAGUCCCAAAGAAAUGACCAUCACCUACGUGGAGGCUGCUGGGAAAUCACUCUUCAAGACCAGCCUGCCCAGGCGACGCAGACUCUGAACACCUGUAGGGUUCCGCUUGUCCCCUAAUGGCUCUGAGGCAGGAAGCCUCCGCACGCAUGGUGGGUGGGUGCUGUGAGGACCUCACCCACUGGCAGCCUUUUCUCUGGCCCCUGGUGCUCUGGCAGAGUGGGAAGGAAAACCACAGAGGCUUAUAUACAUGGAAGAAGUAUGUGCACACUGACUCACCCCACCCCACAGCAAGGCUCACCCCUGAUGUUUUGGGGGAGAGCUUUCUUGGAGUGAGGGUUUCUUCUAAAUCAAGCAUCUUAUUGUCACUGCCAUUCAAUAAAAGAAUAGUUGUUGAGGCUG